AUGGGUAAAUCAAACGGCAAAGGUGGUAAAAAUAGAAGAAGAGGAAAGAACGAUAAUCACGGUCAGAAGCGAGAGCUGAUCUACAAAGAGGAAGGUCAGGAGUAUGCACAGAUUACCAAAAUGCUCGGAAAUGGUAGAGUUGAAGCAACCUGUUUUGACGGAAUCAAGAGAAUGGGUCACAUUAGAGGAAAGCUUAGAAAGAAGGUAUGGAUGUCCCAAGGUGACAUUAUUUUGGUGUCUUUGAGAGAUUUCCAAGAUGAUCAGUGUGAUGUUGUUCAUAAAUAUAAUGCUGACGAGGCUAGAACGUUGAAAUCCAACGGCGAAUUGCCUGAAUCUGCCAAGAUCAAUGAGACCGAUACCUUUGGUAUGGAAGACAACGACGACGUCAACUUUGAGUUUGGUGCUGAGAGUGAAGAGGAAGAGGAGCAAGAGCUUGAUAUUGACGAUAUUUAA